UUACAAGCUUUCAAGAGUGUCUCCGUGUCCAGCAUCCAGUAUUUUCGUGGUUUGGAUAAGCGAGAUGUUCAGUUUUCUUUGUUAAAAGGUAUAUUUUUUGUGGAACGAGUGAUCUUCUGUUAUGGAUCUGAAUAUUCCAGAUACUGAAUUGGCACACUUGACUGGUGGCUGGCAUAUUGAGAGUGCAUUUCUGGAAGAUGGAGAAAGCUUUGACACAAUAAAUUUAAUUAAAAGGUUCUAUUUCUGCUGGAUUGUGCAAGAUAUUUAACCCUGUUUUAUUUGAGGUAUGACUUAAAUACCAAGCAUCUUAAAUAAGAAAAGGGAAAUCCUUUAGUUUUGGAAGUCAGAAUGCCAAGGAGAAGGAAAACUAUUGGGGGAAGUCCUUUUCGGAAGACUGCAAACUCUCAGAAAGUUGUAUCCAGUGUUGCUAGUCAUGAUGAGCCAACCACUACUGUCCCUGCCAUAUGUGAGACAAAAAUUGAUCAGGAAGAACUCUUCACCAGUGUCUCAGAGAUGUUUUCUGAUCUGGAUCCUGAUGUAGUAUAUAUGAUGCUUUCUGAAUGUGAUUUCAAAGUUGAAAAUGCCAUGGAUUGUUUGUUAGAAUUAUCUGCCACUGAUACUAAGAUAGAAGAAUCAUCCUCAGAAAACCUCUUUGCUUCAGAGAGUGAAGUAAAUGCACCGGAAUGUGAAAUAAUGGAGAAGUAUUCUCCAGAAGAAGAUAGUGAAGAUUCAAAAAUGGAUUCAUUUUUGGACAUGCAGCUAACUGAAGACUUGGAUUCCUUAAUACAGAAUGCUUUUGAGAAAUUGAAUUCUUCUGAUGACCAAUCAUAUCCAUUUUUGCCUGUACAAGAUAUUAAUGGUUUUAGUGACCCAAGAACAUUUGUAAGUUCAGAUUCCAGUAGUGUGACUCCCAUUCUUUCUACACAAAAUACGGAUUUGAACAGUGAAGAUUCAGAGAAUUCUGCCUCUACAUUAAAUUCCAAUCCCUUAACUUUACAUUCAGUCUCACAUGAGUCUGAAGGUUUUGUAAGCGAUAACUUUUUGGCAUUGGAGGAAACUCUUGUCAGUAAUUCUCUAAGUGUGGAGGGUUGUAGCAAUCUCAGUCAAAGUCACAAAGAGUGUUUAGAAUCUGAGUGUGCUGAGACUCAAUUCUCCCAAGAUCCUGUCAGUUUGGAUACUAAUGAACCUUUAAAAGUUGUGCAAAACCCAGGACUUGGUUUACCAGGUACAAGUGAUAAUCAAAAUUCUACUUCUGUUUCUGAUGUGCUUGUAUCUUCUGAAGAAUUAAAUGUAAAGCCACACAAACAUGGGGACCUGGCAUCGAAGGGGAAGGAUGUAAAUUACGGUCCCCUAAUCACCUCUGUCCCUCUCCUACUACCACCGCCUCCACCUCCACCGCUAUGGAAUCCAAUGAUUCGUCGUUUUGACCUCUUUCAAGGAAACCGUGGUUUUGUGGCUCCUGUUGUAACUACUCCAGCUGCACGCUGGAGACCUGUCAACUAUUCAUUUCCAUCUCCGGUUAUUUCUCAUGCUUCUCCAACAAAGGGUUGGAGGAAUAAAGAGGGAACAAAUACUUAUCAAGUACAAGAAACUCCAGUUUCUCAGGUUGUAAGAAAGAAGACACCAUCUUAUGUUGGACUUGUUCUCAUACUUAUCAGAGGGCUUCCGGGAUCAGGAAAAUCUGUUUUGGCAAGGACUUUGCUAGAAGAUAAUCCAAGUGGUGUGAUUCUUAGUACUGAUGAUUAUUUUUUUAUAAAUGGACAGUACCAAUUUGAUAUAAGGUACUUAGGAGAAGCACAUGAAUGGAACCAGAAUCGUGCAAAAGAAGCUUUUGAGAAGAAAGUGUCUCCUAUAAUAAUAGAUAAUACAAACCUACAGGCAUGGGAAAUGAAGCCAUAUGUUGCUUUGUCUCAAAAAUUUAAAUAUAAAGUGCUUUUCCGGGAACCAGACACAUGGUGGAAGUUCAAACCAAAGGAACUGGCGAGACGUAAUAUUCAUGGAGUAAGAAAAGAAAAAAUAUCAAGAAUGCUGGACCAUUAUCAACGUUUUGUUUCAGUGCCAAUAAUAAUGGGUUCUUCGAUUCCAGAGAAAAGUGAACGUAUUGAGUUAUGUGCAUAUUCCUCUGAAGACGGAACUACUAGCCCUCGAGACAACGAAGACACUACCUUUGAAAAAGAAGAAAAUGUUUCAUCAUCAUCUUUGAAGCACUUAGAUUUAAUUGAAGAGAAGAAACUAGAAGUGACCAAAGAAUCUGUGCUACCUGAAAAUGUUACCGAUCUUGCUAAUGCAGAUUUAAGUAAAGAAAAAAAAGAAAUAGGUAGUGUGAAUCCUAACAUUCAGAAUGCUUUAAUUCAGGAAGUUCCAGACAUAUAUUUUUCUGAUUCUGAAAAUAAAGUUCAAGUAAAAGACCAAACUGAAAAAGAAGAGCAAGUGGAAAAAGCUUCAAAUAUAGAGUCUAGCAAAACAGAUCUUGCUGAGAGUAUGUCACCGAGUAUUUGUUACAGUGAAAAUAAUCAAGAAAACCAUGACUUUUCAAAUAUCGAAUCACUUCAAAUUGAAAAAUCUUCAGGUGAAAUAGUUGAAGAAAGAGUAACAGUAAAGAAAAAGAUCUUUGGAAAACAAAAAAGUAAAACUACUUUAGAAAAGUUCCCGAAAAAUGAGCUAUCAAAUUUUGUUGGUGACUGGCCAGUUGAUAAGUCUAUGGGUCAGAGAAUAAGAAAAAACCGAAAAGCUGAAAAAGCUUCAUCCGCACAAAAUGACAAAAAGCUUAACCUACCAUCACACAAAGUGUUAGAUAAUAGUCAAUCUGUGAAUUUGGAUCAUAACCAGCAACAAGAAUCUCCACAAGAAAGUGUAGAGGAAGUCAAGUGUGAUGUUGCUUCAGAAGUUUUUAAUAGUUGUCAGUUUGAUACGUACAAAAAUACUGAGAAAACCUCAUUCAAUAUUGUGGGUGACUGGCCUUCCUUUGAUUCUUUAGAACAGAGACAGCACAGAUCAAGAAAGUCAAAGAUAAGCUUAAAUGAAUCUACCAUAGAAUUUAGAGCUAAAGACUGUGUGAACGAACUAUCUUUAUAUCCAGCCCAUGAAUCCUGUUGGGGCACAAGCCCUGAAGAACUGAAAAUAAUGGGUAGUUCUGAAUUGCUUUCCAGUGAAAUGACCCAUGAUAACAAGAACUUUCUAAGUGAAACGAUUCAUGGGCAACAUUCACUGUCGCCUACUUUUACUACUAGUUCACCAUCUAUUCAUGGAGUAGUACGACCACAGUCUUCUGGUGAAUUUUCAGAAGUGAAGCCUAAAGAACUCCUUGGAGUUGGAGUAGACAUGCCUACUCAGACUGAACCCCAAGAUUUUGCUCUUUUAUGGAAAAUAGAAAAGAAUAAAAUUAGUAUCACAGAGUCUGUGAGAGUAUUAACAGGAAGAUUAGAUGGAUUUCAACCAAAAGCUUUCAAUAUUAACACCACAUUAGAUGCUCAAGAAACAAUUCCAUAUAGGGUAAUGUAUGAUAAAAGCACAUAUGUUGAAGAAAGUGAGCUUACCAGUGCUGAUGAGUCUGAAAACCUUAACAUUCUUUGUAAACUAUUUGGUUCUUUUUCAUUAGAAGCCCUAAAAGACUUAUAUGAAAGGUGUAACAAAGACAUUAUUUGGACUACAAGCCUUUUGUUGGAUUCUGAAACUAAAUUAUGUGAAGAUACAGAAUUUGAGAAUAAUGAAAAUUCCUAUGAUGAAGGCAAAAUUGGGCCGUUUUCUAUGGGAUUGAACUUGAAGGAAAUUAUUAGCCAAAGGGGAUCCUUUGAGGAUUCUAAUGUUUCUGUGCCAGUACAUAGCCAUGGAAUUGGUAUUAGCGACAGCAAUGUGCAGUCUAUUUGUGACUCAGAAGAAGAAAACUCUGAACAGGCAGAAACAGGAGUCACAACUACUGACAGACCCUCAUUAAUGACUAUAUUUCCUAAUGGCACUGUAGAUCAAAAGAACACUAAGGAAGCUCUGGCUGAUAGUCAUGUCGAACUUUCAGGCUUGAAUAAUGUUGAGCAGUCAUUUCCAGGUACUCUCAAAGCUACUACUGCUAAAGACACAAAUGAAAAGGAGACUCUAGAAGCUAGAGAGAUUGAAGACAGUAGACUUGCUUUGAAUUUGUCUGAUAACUUAAACUCUGUAUCAAGCAUCUUAAAUCCUGAAUUAAAUGACACAGCUUAUUUCACUGAUCCUUUUGAAAUGAGGAAAAAUGAAAAACUUCUAAAAGAUAAUGUGAAAUUUCCAAAUACAGAAGACUUUAUGAAUGAAGAUGAACAGGAAAUGGAAAAAAUUUUAAUGGCAGGGAAUACUUCGUUAGUUGGCGAAGAAGGUAAAACAGAGAUGUUGAAUCCUACGCCAGUGAUGACCAAAUCUCUGACAAUAGACUGUUUGGAAUUGGCAUUACCCCCUGAACUGGCUUUUCAGCUCAAUGAAUUAUUUGGUCCUGUUGGUAUUGAAUCAGGCUCUCUAACAGUUGAGGAUUGUGUGGUUCAUAUAGAUCUGAAUCUGGCUAAAGUGAUACAUGAGAAAUGGAAAGAGUCUGUAAUGGAACGACAACGACAGGAAGAGGUAUCCUCAGGCAAACCUAUACGAGAUUCUUCCCUGGUUGGACACUGUGGUUUUGAUAAUCCUGAACAAAAAGCAUCUCAGAAAACAGGCAAAAAAGUACUAAAGACUUUAGCAGCAUCUGAAAUGCUACCCUUAUUGGAUCACUGGAACACUCAGACUAAAAAAGUUUCACUUAGAGAAAUAAUGUCAGAAGAAAUUGCCUUGCAGGAAAAACAUGAUUUGAAAAGGGAUCCACUUAUGUUUGAAAAAGAUUGUGCCACUAAACUAAAAGAGAAGCAGCUCUUUAAGAUAUUUCCUGCCAUUAACCAAAAUUUUCUGGCGGACAUUUUCAAGGACCACAACUAUUCAUUAGAACAAACAGUACAAUUUCUAAACUGUGUUCUUGAAGGAGACCCCGUAAAAACAGUAGUAGCUCCAGAGUUUGUUCAUCAAAAUGAGAAUAUCACUUCUCAUACUACACAGAAGUCUAAGGAGAAAAAGGCAAAGAAAUCUAAGGAGACUGAAGAUAUACCAGGUGAACCGUCUUUUCAGGAUUUUGAGUACCCAGAGUAUGAUGACUAUAGGGCAGAGGCAUUCCUGCAUCAGCAGAAGAGGACUGAAUGUUAUAGCAAAGCAAAAGAAGCUUAUCGGAUGGGGAAAAAAAACGUUGCUACCUUUUAUGCUCAGCAGGGGAGUCUCCAUGAACAGAAGAUGAGAGAAGCCAAUCACCUUGCUGCUGUGGAGAUCUUUGAGAAAGUCAAUGCCUCCCUGUUACCACAGAAUGUCUUAGACCUCCACGGGUUACAUGUGGAUGAAGCGAUUGAACAUUUGAUGACAGUUUUACAGCAGAAAACUGAAGAUUUUAAGCAGAAUGGUGGUAAGCCCUAUUUGUCUGUGAUUACGGGCAGAGGAAACCACAGUCAGGGAGGAGUUGCUCGCAUUAAACCAGCCGUCAUUAAAUACCUCACAAGCCAUAGUUUUAGAUUCUCUGAAAUCAAACCAGGGUGCUUGAAAGUCAUGCUAAAGUAAAAUAAAUGUAUUUUAUUUAGAAUUUAAAGGUUUGUAGGUUAAAAUUAGUUUUAUUUGUAGUAAAUUCAACUUUUCUGUAAACGUGUUUUAUUAGAAAUAAUGU